AAAAAAAAAAAAAAAAUUAAAAUAAAUGGGGUUGCGUUUUUAGCUUCCGAGGGAAGCUUACCCAGUACUCGGUAAAAACCUUCCCGCUCGCUGUUGCUCAUCGUUGGAGGUGGUUGGAUUCUGCUCAGAGCUGUAAGAAGAAUCAACGAUGGUGCAGAGAAAGAGUAGUAGGCUUCAAUCUGUUAAGGAGCAGGAGAAAUUGGAGACGGAUCCGAUUGAAUUGAGAAAGAAGCAGUUGAUUCUUGAUAUACGGGAGGCGGGCAGAAUAGGUGAUCAAAAUGAACAGAAGCGGAGGAUUCGGUGGAUUCACGAAACGGAGAUGAUGAACAAACUAAGCAAAGCAAGGAAAAUUCGAGAUUUACAAGUACAGUUGAUAUCGCUCGGUUAUACAUUCAACCCGGAAGAUGGACUAUUAGUUUGUCACUACUUAAGGGAAAAGUGUUUGGACGGGGAUCUUUUGUUUCACUCCAUUGAAGACGCUGAUGUUUACGCAAAGCAUCCUCAGAACCUCAUAGACAAAUACAAAGCUGUUGGUGCUAGAAAUAUUUGGUAUUUCUUCACCCGUACCCGCCCGAAUGAAACUCAACCUGGUACCAGUACAAGUACAGAGCAGGUUCUGGCCGGAAAAUGGAUAAUUGGCAACGAAAUGGACGUGCUUCAUCAGGGCGAGAAAGUCGGUGUAAAACAAUUAUUAGAGUAUUGUGACGGGGAUGCCAAGACCCAAUAUAAGAUCAUCGAGUACAAACUCGAUCCUCUUCCAGAUAAUUUGAAGAGCGGUCCUUGGUUCGUCUGUAAGCUGUACAAUGAUGCAAGUUGCGUGGAGGUGCAGAGUUUAAUUAAUGGCUGAUACUUCACCUUAAUGAUGUACCAUUUCAUGUCUUCAGCUCUGUCAUCCUCCGGUGUUCUCUGACUGAGCUAAUCGACGUUUGUUGCAACUGUGAUUUGAAUUUGAAGUCGGUUUAUCCA